AUUCUAAAGCAAAAACAUUCAAAAGGAGGAAAAAAGAAUGGCCAACGAGUAAACAAACAUGGCAAUCCAUGAGGGUCAAAUCUGCUUCUCACUCAUGGAGUUUCCAACCAUGGCAUCCGUGCUAAUGGUUGUUCGAACUGCCAUUGAGCUCAAAGUAUUCGAUAUAAUUGCAGAUGCAGGGCCUGGAGCUCAACUCUCUGCAACCGAAACCGUUUCAUACAUUCCCACAUCUAAUCCCAAAGCUGCAGAGAGAUUGAAUCGAAUGCUGAGAUUGCUUAGUGCUAGUGGUUUCUUGAUCAAUACUUCUUCAAGACAAUCCCACGACGGCACUAGCCGUGAAAGAACUUACAGCCACUCCAAGAUGUCUCACUAUCUGUUGAGAAACACAGAGGGUUUUUCCAUAGCUAUUGCUGUGCUACAAGCAGAUGCACUACAAGCAGAUAUAUCUAUAGUGACGAAAGUUUUCCGUCUGUGUACACCCUUUUCCAUCAAUAUAAACCCUCAAGGACUAUUUCGAUGGAAGACUUGUCCGUUGGCAUAGAUCCUAAGAAAUCUAAAGAAUUUUU